UGAGCUUUCGUUUAAAAAUCUGAUAAAAUUAAAUAUAUUAAAAUAUGUAUAUAAGCGUUCAAUUAAUAAAAUGUAGUAUUUGUGUGCAGAUUGCAUAUCAGACGAACGGACAAACUCAUUAAAGAAGCUUCGUUGCACAAACUCGAAGAGUAUAUGUACCACGUCGAAGAAUAUUACAAGCUCAAAGAAUUGGACGGCGUGAACGACACGAAACGGAUUUAUUUGGCCACGGACGAGCCAACAUUGUUUGAUGAAGCUACACUCAAAUAUCCUGAAUACGAUAUUAUUGGCGAUCCAGAGAUAUCCAAAUCUGCGUCAACUCAGAAGUUAGACGGUUCGAUUAUAAAUAUCAACAUCGAAAUAUAUCUUCUAGCUCACUGUGACUACGUAGUUUGUACUUUUUCGUCAAAUGUGUGUCGGUUAGCAUAUGAAAUUAUGAACAGUCUCCAACCAGAUGCAUCAGCCAAGUUCACCUCUUUAGACAGAGCAUUUUUUUUUCAUGGUCAAGUUCGCAAACUGAAUGUAGCUUUAUUAUCUCAUAAAGCAUACGGACCGGAAGAGAUGGAUCUAGAAGUAGGUGACGAGAUCGAAGAAGCUGGAAAUCAUUGGGACGGUUAUUCAAAGGGGACAAAUUUGAGAACAAAUAAAAUACUUUUGUAUCCUACAUUCAAGGUAAAAUGUAAUCCAACAAAAACUCAACAGUGAAAUAAGGACCAAUUACCAGACCAAAAAAAGUCUGCCUAUCAAAGUAGUGAAAUCUAUACUCUAUUCAAAAUACAAACAGAAGUCAGCGGAGAGGCUUACCUUCGUUUCAAAGCACUGGCAUCGUGAGUAGACUCGGAGGGGGAAGCGUUAGACGAUACGUCUAACCGUCGUAAACUAAAACCCAUUGCCGCUGACUACUGUUCUCAUUCUGAAUAGAGUAUAAUAUGUAUUGCAGCCAAGUCUGAUCU